UGCUCGAAUGCUUGAGCUCAGCAUGGUUGGGUCCCGGCUCCUUCUGCUCACCCUACUCUGCGGAGGCUCAGCCCUGGCUGGGAGCCCGUUGGCCCAGCAGGGCUGUGCCGAGGGCCCAACUUUCUGGUGCCAGAGCCUGGCGACGGCCAUGCGGUGUGGUGCAGUGAAGAUCUGUGCCCAGGCUGGGUGGAACCAGGCUGCUAAGGAGGACAUGUGCACGGACUGCAGGCAAAUCAUCACCAUCCUGACCCGCAUGGCCAAAGAUUCAGCCUUCAAGGACAACAUCCAGAACUACCUGACCCACGAGUGCACCCUGCUGCCCCUGCACACCCUGGUGCCACAGUGCCAGAAGGUGGUGGACACAUACUUCACUCUCUUCAUCGCCUGCCUGGAAGGGCAGAUCAAACCUGCCUCCAUCUGCGGCAGGCUGGGCCUGUGCCCCACGGACCCAUCACAGGACCAGAGCCAGGACAAGUGUGUUCUCCAGCUGCUGCAAGGUCUCCACCUGGACCUUCCCGAUGGUCAGACCCAGGGAGGCCACAGCAAGGACCUGCCGUUCCCACUCCCGCUGUGCUGGAUGUGCCGCUCCUUCGUCGGCCGGAUAGAGUCCACCAUCCCCAAGGGGGCCAUCGCCAAGUCCAUGUCACAACUCUGCCAUCUCCUGCCGGGCAUCAUCGGUGGCAGGUGCCAGUCCCUAAUGGAGAAAUACACCACCACCAUGCUGGACAUGCUCCUCAACAAGCUGGGCCCGCGGCUGAUCUGCGGGAUGCUCCUCAUGUGCACCAUGGGGGAGAACUGCAGCCCAGAGCCACCCUUGGUGCCGCUCCUUGCCCAGAGCGCCGAGUGCCAGGUCUGCAUUGCUGUCAUGGGCCUGGCGAAGUCGACCGUGCAGGCGAACAGCACUGUGGCAGAUGUGGAGGUGGCUCUGCUCAGGGCCUGCAGCUGUGCCCACCUGGGCUGGCAGGAGUGCAAGAGCUUCAUGGAGCGGCACUGGCCCCAGCUGCCGACCUUGCUGCCAAAGGUCUGGGACCCCCAGAGCAUGUGCCAGGAACUGGGCGCGUGUGAGGCUGGAACGGGCCCUGCUCUUGGACCUGAGGGCUGCAUGCUGGGACCAGCCUACUGGUGCUCCAGCCUGGAGACUGCCAAGCAGUGCCAGGCCAUGCAGCACUGCCAGGCCCAUGGCUGGGCAUAGCUGGAGACACACCAGGCUGCUGAGCCAACUCUCCCCUGCCUGCUACCAGCCUAGCCCCUCCCUCUCCUCUACCCGGGCAGCCUCCGCUUUCAAUCCCCCCCCUCCCCCGCAAGAGUGAUUUCCUCUCCUCUACCCCCCGCCAGCCUUGGCUGUCCACUCAGUGCUGCUGGCCCGUGCCUGUGCUCUGCCCCAGGGCGUGCGACACCAGGGGUAAUGCCUGCAGCUCCAGCACUGCUGGGAUAGCCCUUGGGCAGGACCACGGUGGCUUAGAGAGAUCUCACGUGGCCUCCUCGCCGAGGAGACGCCUGCCUUCAGAACUGGUCAGCUGAGGCCAGUGCGAGCAGCCGGGCUGAGAUUCCUGUGCUGAGCCGGAGCUGUCAUCACACAUCCAAGGCCCCUGGCUGCGCUACACCUAGACUUGCCAGGACAGGCCAACCCCACCGGGCAGCUCCCGCACAUGCCUAUGAAGAGGGUCCAGGCAGCGUUUGGCACAUGCUGCAUCUCCCAGGCAGCCAUGGCCUGAAACCCAGCUGAGAUCCAGCUUCAUGCUGGGACCUCGUUUGCAAGGUGGACUGCACCGUAAAUAGGAGGUGGGAGAGAACUGGCCAAGCUCCUCUCCCAGCUGCUGAGUGCUCCUCAGAAAGGGGGAGCUUACACUCCCACUGCCAGCAAUGCCAACCUGACUGUGCCCUUCACAGGCCCCCCUGCGAGGGCAUGGCUGCUGCAGGGAGGACACCACCCCACCCCCACCGCACCCCGAGGGGCUGGGCAGAUCCCAUCCCUUGCUGGGAGCAGGACACAGUAUUUCACACACCUGCAGGAAGCAAAUUCUAACUGCUUUGCUCCUGCACUCCUGGGUCAGCAAGGCACCCGCAUGUGAUGCGACCACCUCGUCCCCUCCCCUUGCAAAGUGAGCAGCCUUCGAGGGAUGUAGCCUCUGCAAAAAUUUGGCACCAAGAUUUUUAACACUGCGUUCAUGGGCUGAGGCGAGGGGGAGGGGAGGGAGUUAAGACACAACACACACUAUUCCCUGCCCUAGUGACACUUAGAGACUGCUGCCCUGCUGGCCGUGGGGCUGAUGGUGCUGUCUAGUGUACAAGAGAAGGGUCUCAUGGCAGCUGAGUCACAGUGAGAACCACACGCUGGCUUGGCUCCCACAUCAGAAGAUGUGCUUCCCCCAGCUACGAGCUUCGCUGCAGUGAUAAAGCCACAGCAGCCUCUGCACACCGAUGGCACAUCUGAAAUGGCCCCUGCCUACAACGUUCAGCUGCUUCAGGAAACACCCCCUCCCCCAAGGGUCAGCCCUCCUGGUCCCCCUUGCUUGGUGUAGCGGGUGAAUGCUCCGGCUUGCUGUAUGGACAAAUGUACCUGACAAAUAAAGCUUUGGAUUCACACUG